AUGUCUGGAGUGAACGCUGCUUGCUUGAUCAUUGGUGAUGAAGUCUUGAAUGGAAAGAUCACAGAUACGAACAGUAGGUUUUUCGCUCAAUAUUGUUAUAAAUUAGGUAUAAACCUUAAGGAAAUAGUCACUGUUGGUGACGACGAAGAUCAGAUCGUUGAGACUUUACGUAGGCUAAGUGCCAAAAAUGAUUUUGUUGUAACAAGUGGUGGAAUAGGCCCCACUCAUGACGACAUUACUUAUGAAUCAGUUGCAAAGAGCUUUAAUCUUCCAGUUGCCAUUGACCCAGAAUGUAAGGAGAGAAUGCACAAAAUUUCCUCACCAGAGUCAAGAUUAAGUGAGCAAGCUUUGAAAGAUUAUUACCGUAUGGCUACUUUACCCCAGGGAGAUUCCGUGAACAACUAUUACAUGGUCGAAGAUUACUGGGUUCCUAUAGUUUCAGUUGAAAACAAAGUAUUUGUUCUACCAGGGAUUCCACAGAUGUUUGAAGAAUUGUUAGACUCACUUACCGCUACAGUGAGGAAACUAUACAAUUUAAGCCCGACCAAGGAAGAAGAUUUCAGAAGAUAUUUCGUAAAGACACAGCUAUCGGAGUCAGAAAUCUCUCAAUACUUGAGAGAAAUGCAGUCACGUGCGAACGAGGUCUCCACAGAUAUCAAGAUUGGUUCAUACCCACACUUCGGUCAGGGUUUCAAUACAGUUAGCAUAUUAGGCGUCAAAAAGUACGAUGGAUUUCUAAGGGAUAUCACUCAACAGACAAUACAACAACUGAAAGGGGAGGAAAUCACUGAAGACCAAGAAAGAGCGUAUUCGGACAGUAGAUAA